UCUUAUUACAACGUGUAUUGUUCUCAAGUUUCUAACCUCACCGCUGGAAUACUAUCUUUUUAAGUUUAAUACAACAAUGACAGAUUAUAUAUCUGCGGAGUUAGCAGCUACUUGUGCUGCGUUAGGUUAUUAUGAUGGGCAAAAGUAUUAUUUGGAUAAAAAUUGUUUAGAUGUUAUAAAGGAUUUGAUAAAAUAUUUAAAAAGGGAUGAUGAAACUCAUACCAUACGUCGUUACCUUGGUCAGACAAAAUUACUUCAAUCAGAUCUUCUUAAAAUUUUUGUACAAUAUUCUGAUAAACUAGAUUUGUGGGAUGUGUUACUAAGGUUAAUUAUUAAUUUAACAAGUCCCGCUUUGUUAAUAUAUAAUGAAAAAAUUCCUAUGGAGAAGACUAUGCGCAGUUACUAUUUACAAAUUAUAUCAUAUCUGCAAAGUUACAAAGUAGCUUUAGCAGACGAUCAAGUAUGGCAAAUAGUUAAUAAUCGCUUGACCGCUAUCUUCAGUAUUGAUAAUAUAGAAAGGGGAGAAGAAAAUGAGAUGAUCAUUGAAAGAAUCUUAGCGCUGAUCAGAAAUGUACUUCAAGUUCCUCCGGAUGAAAAUGAAAAGCGUCCUGAUAAUGAUGCUACGAUUCAUGAUCAGGUAUUAUUUGCGCUUCAUGCAUCUGGUAUCGUAGACAUAUUACUUUUCAUUGCUAGCAGUGCGAAAGAACAACAAUACCACUUGCAGAUUUUGGAGAUCAUAUCAUUGAUGUUAUGUGAUCAAAAUGCAAGCCAAUUGGCAACAGCAGGUUUGCAGCGUAGUACAAUAGAAAAGGCAAAGGAUGAAGCACAUCUACUAUCAAUAAGACAGAAAGAAAAAUUGGAAAAAUUUGAAAAAUUAAAGAAGUAUGCUGGUGCCAGGCAUUCGCGUUUUGGCGGGACCUACGUGGUGCAGAAUAUGAAGGCAAUCGGAGAUAAUCAGAUGUUGUGUCACAAGCCUUAUGAAAAAGUUGAGGCACUCGAGUUUAAUUCCCAAAAGACGAAAGUAAAGAAACCAAAGAACAGACUAGCGAUGGCGGACUCAAUGCACGAACGUGUAUCAGCUCUCAGCGUAAGACUUUUCUUGAAAGAAUUUUGCGUGGAAUUUCUCAAUGGCGUGUAUAAUCCAGUAAUGAAACACGCUAAGUCGUGUAUUAUCAGUGACGUUCAAUGCAAUACAUCGGAGAGCAGUUGUUAUUUAUGGGCGUUACGUUUCUUCAUGGAGUUUAAUCGAUGUUACAAGUUUCAAGUAAAAUACGUGUGCGAAACGAUAUCCACGGAAGAAUUUUAUAUAAUACAAAGACAAAUGAGUCUGUAUUAUGAGAUGAUCCUUACUGAUAAGGAAAGGAUACGGAUAUGGUCUCACAGAUUGCAUUUAGCUUUGAAAGCAUAUAAGGAACUCCUUCAUACGUUAAUGGCGAUGGAUAAAAGUCCGGAUCAAAGUAUAAGAGAACCUAGCAAGGUCAUUAAAAGCAACGUGUUUUAUGUUCCGGAAUAUCGGGAAACGAUACUCUCGCAGCUUCUCAAUUUCGACGAACUCAAGAUGUCACGGAAAUACCUGAUCGACCUAGUAACGACCGCCCACAUUUUUCUAAAGAUGUUGGAACAGUUCUGCGCCAAGGGACAACGAAGUCUUAUAGUACAGAAGUUGAAGAAAAAGAGGCAGAAAAGUAGAAAGCACAAACCUGUAUCACGAAAGGAAGAAACACCUGCUCCAAGCUUAGAGGAUCGUUGGGACGAUCUGGCUCCGGAAUUAUCUGUGGUGAUGCAAGGAGUCACGAUACCGGAAAUGAUACCGUUUGACGCUACACUUGACAUACCCGUCGACGAUCAAAAGAGUGAUGCAAUGAAGAAAAUUCAAAAACUAUUACGAAUGAGGUUUUAUGAGAAUGCCGUUGGACUUUUCCGAGCUUGUCGAGAAGUCUGGCCAGAGAACGAUUCCUUUGGAAGGGCUGAUAUACCGCCGGAGGAAGAAUUUCUAGCACUCCGCGAAAUCUUCUUUGCAGAUCUCGGUGUUGUCGAGGAUGACUUACCUACGCAACAGGCGAAUCAAGAGAACAAUUUCGAAGAUAACUUUACUCGCAACGGUGAAGAAGAAGAAGAAGAAGAUGAAGAAGAAGAAAAUGAUGACCAUGAAGAUGUCGUAACAGAAGAAACGGAUUUCAAAUUAAACGAAUUCGUGCAAAGAUUCGCAAAUAUAAAGAUAGUUAAAGCGCUUAACCUUCUUCUACAACAAUUUGAUAAGAAUACUAAGGAGGUCAAUCAUUACGUCACGAAGAUGUUGCAUAGAAUUGCAUUCGAAUGUAAAAUGCCGGCUAUGAUAUUUCAAGCAUCGAUAUUUCGAACUUUUCAAAAGAUCCUCGAAUCAAAGCAUCCCGAACACAAGGAGCUUCAGAAGUUUGCAAUCUUCAUAAUUCGUCGUUUCGUCGAAGUCGCGCAGAAGAACCGGAAGUCGUAUAUGGAGUUACUCUUCUGGAAGAACGCACACGAUGCGACGCAAAUCGUCGAGGGUUACAAUACUGAGACGGAUAAGAAGAAAGUUUCGCGGGGUGUUUGGACUGAGGCAGAGGAGGACGAACUCCGAACCCUCUUCAUGGAACAUCAAACUAACAAGCCUUCGGAAGAUCUGAUUGAUUGGAUACUCGAGAGACUCAUCAACGAGACUCGUACAAGACGUGGAGUUAUUAAGAAACUGAAAGAGAUGUGCUUAGUCGUCAAUUCCAAGGCUGUAAGAAACGAGAUACAGAAGAGACUACCCAAGGAAUGGUCCGAAGAGGAGAUCGCUCAGCUCACGGAACUUUGGGAACAGCUGAGAGAAGAUGAAGAUCCAGUGGAACUUAUUUUCAACGGGUUGAAAAUAAAACGAACAAAACCGAAGAUCAAAGAAAAGCUUUUAGAAUUAGGACUAGCCAAGGAUCCGAAAGAGCUUUAUAAAAAACGAUCUAAAAAAAGCAAUCACGGAAAAUCGUCGUGGGAAACACAGUCUGGCGGUAAUUCUGACGACGAGGAUCGGGACUCCGAGGAAGAAAGUAGAAAAUCCUCGGGGCGUAACGACGUGGCUCAAAAUAAACCAACGAAUAAGAGAAAGACGACAACGACGACGACGACGAAGACGAAAGCAGGAAGGUCGAGAAGGAAGAAAGACCAGAAGACGUUUCUUUAUACGGAUGCACAAUUAUCUGGACUCUUGAAGAACAUCAUCGAAGGAAGUAUGACGGAACCAUUGGAAUGGAUCAAGGAAUCCUUGGAGGAUGCUCUCGAUGAUCGCAACGAGGAAAGCACCGAAGGAAUCCCAUUGGUGCCGUUGACAGAAAGUUCAUCAAAUGCGAUAGAUUCUAUAAAUUUUCAAAAAUUACUUCGCGCUAUGGGCAUGCAACCACCUAUGAACGAACAGGAAAUCUAUUGGCGAAUUCCAGCGAACAUGCUCAAUUCUACCAUACGAAAACGAUGUAAGCUUAUUGCUGAUGGUUUGGAAGGAAAAUUCAUCGUCGAAGAAGUCCCGUCUAAGAAAAAUAUCAACGACGAUAUUAGAAAUAAUUCGAGCGACGAAAGUGACGACGAUAUCGACGUAUUGGAGUCUAUAAAAAAAUUCUUUACAAAAAAGGAUCGUUUAUUAGAAUCUUUAGCAUCAACCUCGCGAGUAGUAGAUGUACCCUUAGAUUCGGAUAAAUCUGAAAAGUCGACUAAACGUGAUGUGCAAGAAACUGCCGACACCAUCGAAAUAAAGGAAGUGGAAAAUGGGAAGAAUCAGGAAGAAACCUUGAAGAGAAUUUCUAAGCGUCGGGUUAAAUUACUUUCGGAUUCGUCCGAAUCUGAACCAGAAAUCGAAAGGAACGCGGACGAGCCAGUAGACGAAGCUAAAAGAAACCGGAGUCAAAGUUUCGACACAGAAGCUCCGUCAAGUAAGAAGCCACGUUUAUUAGACAGCGAUGAAGAUUCUGAAACUUCCCAAAUAAAAAAUUCUAAACCCACAAUUGCACUUGAAUCCGACAACGAGGAAGAUAAUCAAGAAAAAAAUUCAAUUCACAAGUCAACAAUCUCUCAAAUAAUCGAUAGUGACGAGGAGAGUGUGACGGAAAAAACGAGAAAUUUGAAGUCCACUCGAAAGAUAAUAAGCGACGAUGAGGAGGACAAUUAAUAAUUAAAAAAAUAACCUGAUCGGUGUUCCCUAUUAACAACAUUUUCAUAUUACUUUAUAUAAUAAAACAAAUAUUUUGUUAUUUUUUUCAAACUACAUUUAAUAAUUUCAAGAUGUCGCGUAAACUAUUUUACCUGCUGAACAAGAUAAAAUAGAUUCCUGUAGAAAAUCUUGAUUUCAGAAUUGUUUGCUCUAACUUAUUUUCUUUACCCGACACAACUUCAGCACUAUUUCCUGGAAGAGUACGAAUUACGAUGUCCCUUUCGCGUUGGCAUUCUAGGAGAAGGAAGGAACGAUCGUUUAUACCCGGGGUACACUUCAAAGUGCCAAGAAAAACAGUACUCGAAAGGCGUCCACAUUUCGCCAAGUAACGACGAAGAGAACAUGCGAGCAUAGUAGUGGCGCUGUGAUCGUAUGCAGAUGUAUAGGAAACCUUUUAUAGAACUGGAUAGGUAGCUUACUAUAGAAGUUAUCAUGGUGGUAUAUAAGAGGGGUGUGAGGAAAGGGCAGUCGUUUACUUCCUCGCUCUCAUGUUACCCGAGUAACCGAUUGGCCAAUGUGGAUGACUUUACGUCUUUUGAUGGGCAGGUGAGGAGUCUUGGCGAGUGUCAACGAUACAUAUGCGUAUAUCGGUACGUGAUCGUAUUCUAGAAACCAUCGACUUGCCGUGGCUUUACCUUUGAGUUAGAAAAUAGCAUUCGUUUGGGAAACGCUUCCGUCGACGGUAUCGUCGCCGUGAAUACAACUUUGACGUCGACGCCGACGUCCGUGUGGGACCAAAGCGUAAUAUCGCCGUAAGGACUCCGCGAGUCGCGGAUACACGACCAGGCAAUCAUACUUCAGCUAGAAUCCCGGAAUUCAGCUUGCUUAUUCACAUAUCUCAUUCACAGUCUCAUAUUUCUUCAAAUGGAAAAUACCAAUUCCUCAUCGGUCACGAUAUUUUACUUUUUUUUUUUUUUUUAAAUUAUUUUAACAUGAAAUUUAUAUUAUAGAUUUCAUCCACCUUUUUUCGCUUAUACACAUAUAAGUAUUUACUACUAAAUUUA